GGACGGAGGGGGCGUGCGUCUCCGUACUAGCUCAUGGCUAGAGAGCUGGCAGCGGCACAAGGCUGCUGAACCUCUCUGUAUGUCGACACGGGAGCGGUUUCAUCUCCAUCCUGCGGGGGAGAAGCGGUGAACCUGGGCUUGCACCUUCCAAACUCCUUUCCCUCCGCUGAAUCGGUAUGUCCCGGACCUGAUAUCCUGCCGCAGCGGACGCCAUCGGAGAGGAGCCGCGCAGAGCUGUAGAAACACAGUGGAAGGAUGGUGUGACAGACAGACUGAGACAUCCAGAGGGACCAGUCACUGCUCAGAGGCAGACCAUGGCUCCCAUGUCCCUCCUGUUCCUGGCCUUCCCCUUCUCCUUCCUCCAUAUUUCAGAUGCUCAGACCAUCAUAGCUUCAUCUUCCUCUUUCUCCCAUCUGGACCUGCCUAACAACUCUUCACCUUCACCAACCAAGCAGACCGCUCGAUUCUGGCCCUCUUUGCCUCCCAGAGGGCGCAGUGAUGUACCCAUCAGACCUACAGUCCGGGAUAGGCUAACAACUAUCAAUAUAGUGGAGCAGGGGCAAAAAAUGACCCGCCCAACCACACAGGUUAAUCCCUCUUUUAUAUCUGCCCUUUCUACACAUAACCUUAGCAGUGGGCCAAUUGCAACGCAACCAACUGCCUCCAGGCCCAGAACUGACACAGCUAGUUUAGCAUUCAGCCGGGCUUUCACAAAGGGGGAUGCUACGACAAAAGGCUCAACUCCUCCUCUGCCCACUUUGCCGUCCACUGCUGUAGCUGAGCCUGCAGGUGAUAAGCCCAUGACGACAAGGAAAGCAGAGGAGGGAUUGGUCAAAGAGAAUGAGGACAGCGAUUCACAAGGGUUAGGAUCAGGCAGUUCUCCGACAGUGACGCUUGUGAAGGAGGAAUCACCGGCUCCUCUGCCAACAGUCGAUGAUGAGAUGGCACAGUAUCGACCACAAGCACAGACAGUGAUAUCUAACGUUUCUAACGUAAAAACCCCAUCACUGGACAGUCAGACUGUGAAACCUCACCUGUUUGCACAGACAACUACCAGCACAACCAGCACGAUCUCUACAACUCUACAGACCAAGACAAGAAGCACACUGGCCCCCGUGGCAACACCUCAGACUGCAGUAUUAACAGGUGACCUGGCAGCAAACACUCCCUCCAGUGCCAGAGUUAGUCCAAGGCAGGACUCUGCUGCUGUGACAUUACCCCAACCCACGUCUAACACCACUGGCUCUGCUGAUAAACACCCACCAACUGCCGGACAUCCAGUUACUGCCCAAAGCCAGAAGAGUUCACAUUCAAACACCACAACACCACAAAUGUCAAACACAUCUACAACUGGUGUGCUUCCUACCACACAGGAGGCUGUGAGAACAUCCUCAAGAACAACAUCUCAACACAGCAUAACAGUACAAGUUGGAAGGCAUACAGCAAGCACAACUGUGCAGUUGUCGAGCACAGGGACCUCCUCCUCUCCUACCACCGGUGUUGUGCCUGUCAUUCGCUCAAGAUUUGGACCUACAUAUCAGAGUGGUAUCAGUCAGAGGAACCGCUCUCUUCUCCUGAGACGUCCUCACCUAGCUCCCCAUUCUACGACUAAUCCAGCCCCUUCUCCCAGUGCCAAUCCCUCUCCUAAUGGCACACUCCUUUACUGGGGAGAUCUGAGCCGGACGCUGGCUUUUGCCUGGGAACUACAUGUCUAUGGCUCAGCAAGCCUCUUCCUCCUCCUGUUUGCUGGAGCUGCUCUUGGCCUGACCCUGUCCCCUGGCACAAACUGUCCUCAUCGGGGUGCUCUUGCACUUGCCAACGCUUUGUUAUUUCUGGCUGGAGGCCUUAGAGCAGCUCUCUUUCUUAUCGACCCCUAUGGCACACGAAAAUUCCUCCCUCGCCCCGCAGUUACAGCCCUCUACAACUUGCCUCUGCAUCUGCUGGUGUGGACGCAGGCUGCCCUGGCACUGCUGGCCUUGAGGGUGGCAGGAGUCAGUGUGUUACCUUCAACUCUGGAGCGCCCUCCUCUGGUGGCUGUGUUAGCUGUGUUGCAGUGCACCCUGCUGCUGGCGGCUGAUCUGCUCUCCCCAGCCCUCUCUCCUUUGGUGCCUGUUACCCUACAGGUCCUGUCCCUGUGCUGGGGCCUGACUCUCUGUCUGGGCUUUCUAUGCUAUAUCUUCCCACGCAUACGCUGCCCUCCUAUCCCCCACCCUGCUGUCCCUGGAGAGGCCAGAAGAAAGACUUGGACAGGGAGCAGGAGAAUAGGAGUGAUUCUGGGGAGAGUGCUGGCAGUUUGUGCAGUUCUGGGGGCAUUGUGUUGUGGUUUGCAUGUCCAUGCUACCUUGUGGCUUUAUGGACUGUUAGGAGACUGGACACGCUUCAACUGGGGAUGGUGGCUCGUGCAUUUCUGGGCCCGGCUCCUUGAAUUGGCCUGGGGGUUCUCUCUCCUACUCCUGGGUUCCUGGUUGUUCUGGAGGCCCCAUGGUUGCGGGGGAAGAGAGGAAGGUGGACAAGAUGGCAGAGUGGCAGGAGACCUACCAUCCCCUGGGCAGUCUGUAGGCUCCACUCAAAGACAUACAUGCUGGUCGAAGAUAGUCCAGAGCCUGAGAGGGAAGCCCUGUAGAAAAUCUGACAGUAAUGGUAUGGGAGGAGGAGGGGGAGGAGGAGGAGGAACAGGUGAGGUGCCCAACAACUGGGCUGGCCAGGAGCGUCCUGGAGCUGACAUUAGCAAAAGUCUAAUAAGGAACCAGAACCAUGAACAGGCCACUGCCCAGCCACGCUGCGUCAAAGACAGCAACCGAGGACGCAACCACAGAGGCCACUCUGCAGAACGAGGUAUAUCUGAUGGUUCCACUGGCUCCCUGCUGAGACUACAGGCUUUGGGCCGACCUCCACAGCGCUCAGUGAGUGGCAGUCUGGAUCAGGACAGGGACACAUCCCUGUCUCUCUAUGAGUUUGAUCUGCGGCCCCCUUCCCCCAUAGACCUGACCCGUAGUAUUGAUGAGGCUCUGCACAGAGAACACCUGCUUGGAGGAGGGAGCUUGUUUCAUCCUUUGAAUCAGGCCUCACAAUCCCCUUCCCCAGGCUCAGGGGUCAGCCAAGGGCCCUGGCUCCGCAGGAACAGUGACCCUCAGAUGCUUUCUGAGAGCAGCGAUGCACCGACGGAGUCUUCCAUGCCACUGGGUGGCAGCGUCCUCAGCAGUGUGCCCAGCAGGCAGGUUACUGCUCCCCCCACGCCAUCCCACCAGGGUCACAGGUGGGCUGCGAAUGGGGUAGGAAGUGUCCCUUCAUCAGUGUCCUGCCCUGUGUCACUACGCCCCUCUAGAACGUCAACGGGGCAUCUGGGGGAGGAUGGAGUGGAUGACACACGACCAUUUAUCACCCCAGACUCUGAGAGGGCGCGAGGGAGAGCUGGGAGGCCGGUUGGGUCACGCAGUUACCUGGAAGUCAGUCGACAUGACGAUUCUGCUAGUGUCAGCAGUGAAAUUAUUGACUUGUGAAGUAAUCCAUGGAGGACCAGUGACUGCACAGCAAACAAACAUACUGUUCCUACCCAGAACUUUGGUUAGGACUUCUGGUAUUGGGAUAGUUUGAUCAUUAAACUGCCUGAAGUUAAUUGUUUUCAGAUGAGGGAAAAUAUGAAAAAGAGGAUCUGGGUGAUGACAUAAAAUAUAUCACCUAGUUGCCUUUUGUCUUGCUAAAGGGUUUAACAACUGCGUUUGAGGAAAAGAUAUCCGGUAAACACUUUACUCUGGGAGCAAAAUGGGGAGAUAUAGCACAGAUAAACAACACCGCACACUUUUGUCUAACUCUCUCCAUCUCUUUCUCUCACACAUCAUGUCUCUAUUUUUCUUGUCUGUACAACACUGGUAAAAUCUAAAGUACACUGGGACCAUACAUACUAUGGAUGGCUCUUCAGCUGGUCCGUGCUUGUGAUUGGCUACAAAUUUGUGUUGGUGAUGAAUUUCAUCUUCGCAAAAUGUAUGAAACGCAAAAGAUAGGUUUAGGUCACCCAACUCCAUGUGUGGGAACAUGCUGAGCACCACAACGUUUUGAAGGGUAUACAACAAACGUGGCUCUGAGUGUUUGUGAGUCCCAUUUCUGUUCUUUCUAUGAAAAAAUGUCUGCAUAUCAUCAGUCGUCAGUUUAAUUGCUUACAUAGAGUUUAUUUGCUGUCUUCCAUAAUAUAUGCUUUGUGAUGUAAAGAUGUGCCAUAUACUAUCAUGGUCGGUUUCUGUGCUAGUUUUAAUGGUUCUAUAAACCCAUUAUUUGGGUUAACUCCAUCUAGCGUCUUAGCAUUAGUAUCAUAGUGACUCAGCUGCAGAUUAUUCCAUCUAAGCUCUUAACUCGCUGCUGCCGUUGUACUUGUCCAGGUUGCCUUGUAUGUUAAAACUGGUUACGUAAAGAGGCAGGCAGUAAACAACAGCCAGAAACAUAACUAACAUGCAGACGCAUGCUUACAUGUGAAACUGCUGCUGAGGCUUUUAGCUGUUGAUGAAAUUGCCAGACUUCAACAUGAAAGUCUCCUGUGUGGUUUAUGCAUUUUAUCAUGUUAAUUUUCUGCAGGACAAAGCUUUGCAAUCAAUAAUCUUGUGUAAUUGAAGCAUCCAACUGCAUUUUUUUUUUGCAGAGUCUGAAUAAGACUAAUAAAUACAAUGAUGAUCCUGUCAGUUGCAAUGAAACAAUUCCAACUGUUUGAUAUCUAAUUACAUGCUAUACAGCUUUGCAAGGCUGCAACACACAAGACUGGCUUGGCAUGAACCUCAGAAGUCUUGUACUAGACCUAACCCAUUAACAGAGCACUUAACUGUAAGCCUGAGCACUAGACUGAAGUAUUUUACUACUCAAGAGGAAAAUAUCUUUCAAAUAUAUGAUGUAUAAUCAACAGUGUAAAUAAAUGUUAUUUUUGAUGUUCAUGAAUAAAGGUGUAUUUGAAACAUAGUCAUAGUUGUUACUGUGAAAGACAAUCUAAAGUGGUAUUGCUUAUGUGUCUGAGCUGUCCAGACAGUUAUGCUAUUUUGACGUCAGAUUGUGGCCUAUUUAGGACAUGCAGAGCGGUGACGGUUGAUACUUGACCGCAGAAGUUAAGUCAAGGACUUUCUGGGCUGUGCUCAGGAUUGUAAUAAUGAUGCAGGUUUUGCAAAAAUGUAUAGUUAGUGGUCAUUUUGACUUCUGUUUUAUGUUUUCCCUCAUUAAAUGAUGAUAAACAUAUUUGGGGGGGGGAGUCUUACAUUUGAAAGGUUUUGUUCCAACACUUUUAUUCAAAAAAAUGCUCGCGCAGAUUGCUUACUGUAAUGCCACUGUGGGAUGCCAAUUUGAAUAUGUACUAAUCACACGUCAUUUUGUUUUAAGGUGGAUUAACUAUUAUUUGGACUAAAAUCCAGCUACUUAUGCUUCUGUUCCUGAUUAGAGCCAGUCCAUUACUUGUUUUCUGGUUACCUCGGUGUGACCUGCAGUACCUCCCAGUGAUGUGAGAUGCUUGACUUGUUAGUAUUUGCAGUACAAUGGCCUUGUGUUGCUGUCUACAUUCCAAUGGGCCUGUAUUAUUUCAUCGUAUUGGUACUCAUCAUUACCCAUUUUGCUUUUAUGGCCUCAAGGACCUGUAGUGUUGUCCCACAAAGCAGUAUGUGCCAUAGAAAACACAUCAAUGUGCCCCCUCUGGUCUCUAGCCACUUUGCAGACGUACAGUGUUAGUUUCAUCUGUUUAUUUUUGCUCAUUUGACAUUUGUUCUUGUAUUUCUUGCUGCAUUUCAUGUCUGGAUUCAAAUAAAAAUGAGUAAACUCAAAA